CGCCGUCUCACCGGGAAAUUAUAUAGUUAUUUUAAAAACAAAUAUGGCAUUGACAUAUAAAUAAAGUGUUUGCAGCCGAGAUAUUCAUUUUAUUACGUGAUUAAUCAUUUCAAAUGGACUAGUGGCCAAUAAAUAUUUGUGUUAAUAAAAUCGAUUGCUGGUGAUUUUAUCUACGUUCGUCUCUCUAGUUCUCCUUCGAAAUUUGGAAGUAUAAUGAGGUUAUAACGACUGCGACUGUAUUCUCAGAAAAAUCACUGAGUAAAAUUCAUGGACGAAGAAGAAAUUUCUAUUACUCAUCGAAAUGUCGCUUUUUCCUGCCUAUGAAAUCAGUGCUCCCUCGCAAUCAUCUGACGUUGACAUUGGCGAGAGCAGAAAUGAUGCAAUCUGGUUGAAGAACUCUAGCUUCCAGCCCGAUAUAAUCUCUGGGUCUCGAGAAAUAUCGGUUUCCUCGGAGUCCUCGGAUGGCGAGUUCUCCGGAAUUCCAGGGGAAAAAAUCACUGCAGUGGUGGAUGUCGAGGAAAUUCCUCACGACUCACCUCCUUUAAAGAAGCACAAGAAGUCAAAGAAACACAGGUCCAAUAAGAAUACAAAGGGAAAAAUGAAGUAUGAGCCAGUGGUUGACAAUGUUUACUAUGAUGACAGAAUUAGAGACAGGGGAAAUUUUAAAGUGGACACACUGUGCUCACGAGCGAGGCCUCUGUACACCGUCUUCUACAAAACUCUAGGAUUCAUCCCUUUCACGCACAAGAAAAAAUCGCCCUUACCUCGAUACUUCGCCAUUUCUUCUGAUACACCCCAAAAAUCCUCGAAGGUUUCUUCAAAGAAAUUGAAAGAUGCCACCGAACAAUCCCUAGACAUCGUCAGAACUCCUGAACAAAUUAAAGAGGACGAAACGAAAUCGAGGAUCAAAGAAUUCAACGAACAACUGUCAGAGGAUCCCAACGACAUCGACCUGUGGGUCCAAUACAUAAACUUCGAGGAUCGAGAUCAGGACUUCCAGAUUUCUGCUCACAACACGAAGGCAGAGCUCAUGAAAUACCAAAGGAAACUAGCGAUAACUGAAAAGGCAUUGGAAAAUAAUCCGGACUCUCCCGUUCUGCUCAAAUAUAAACUGAAUUUUUUGAACGAAUUAUCACCAGCUGACCAGUACUCCUCGCAGCUGGAGCUUCUCAUCUCCAAGGAUCCAGGAAAUUUAAUUCUUUGGCAAGCUCUAAUAACAGCUACGAGAUCCUCUAUCGCUCUUUGCACCGUUCCAAAAGUCUUAGCAUUGUACUCAAAAUUUUUCGCUGGUCUUCAUUUGUGGUCCAGGUCCAGUUCACAAUUUUACGACAGUAAUUUGCUCCAAAUGCUGCAUCACUGUUUGACAUUUUUGAGGCAAGCUGGCCUCUGGGAACAAAUGUGGGAGGCUCUCAGGAUGCUCCUCACCCUGAAUCUUGGAAUAACAAAGGAUUCCAAGAACUUCAAAGGAUCGAUCGAUGAGAAGAAAUUAAUUGGGAUGGAGGAGGUAAUUCUCACCUCUCAAUUACCUCUAAAUCAAUUAUGGCUUCGAGUGGAGCUCCUCCGAGAAAAUUGCCACUGGACAACUGUUCGCAGGGAAGAGCUCGAGCUAAUUGGUGAUUCCCACAGAUUUAUCUCCCCAGAAGAUGUCAGUGAAUUUGUUCAUCCGUUAUUAUCAAUACAAUCUAAUUUUAGACUCAGUAUUUACGCACUGUUAGCACUGAAAGUGCCACUCCUUCCCACGAGACAUUCAAUCCUGGAGGAGCUGGGGAUGGACCAGUGCAACUGGGGGAUUGACUCUGCUGAGAGCCUUUUGCCAAUAUUGUUCCCCUGUGUGGGUGAAGUUGCUGGCCAUCAAGAGAGGAUCUGUCUUCUGAAGGGAGUUAUCGAGGGAGGAAUUACGAGUGGACCUCAGUACUUGAAAUUUCAUCCUGCACAAGAAGGUUUUGUAGAUUUCAUUCGAGAUGCAUUUAAAAUUAUCGCCGAAAAAUUAAUUCUCGAGGAGAAAAACCAGAUCUAUGUUUGGUGGUUGAGGUUUGAGAGGAGUUUGGUGGGAGUGCAAAAAUGCCAGGAGAUUAGAAAUGAGAAAAGUAUUAAAAAGUUGAAGGGGAUACUCAAGGAGUUCUUGAAGAGGGAGGAAAAUAGAAAUAAUCUGGAUUUUUAUAGGGAAUAUGCUAUUAUUGAGAGGGAGAUGGGGAAAUGGGAAAAUUGUUUGAGCAUUCUAGAAACUGCCGUUGAGAGCAAGGGAAAUCUGAUAUUAGGAAUUAAAAAUGUCGAAGAGCAGAGAUCUAUCUUGAGUCUUUAUAGAACACUUCUUGAGACGCUUCUCGAUACGAGGACUUGGGAUGUAAACAAUAAGAUAAGGAUGAUGAAAAUUUUCGCACAAAUGUCCCCGGGUUCGUCUCAAGCAGAACAAAUAAUCGCGACUGAACAGUACCUGAAGGAUUUCUGCGAAGAAUUUUUCAACGACCCAGAUGUGUUUGAUGAAGGUCUAGACAAAUAUUUUCAACCUAAUUUCUAUUGUGAUGCUGUCAUGUGUUAUGUUUACUUUAUGUACAUCACGGGGAAAGACUUGGAAGGAAUUCACACGCUCUUUGAGAGGUGUAUUGAGAGGUCAAGGAAAAAUCGAUGGCUCGAGGAGAUUUUUCGUGAGGGGGAAUUAAUAUUCAAGCAGAUGGUGUGCGAGAUGCAAGGAAGGAGAAUUGAUGAGUUAAAGUCGAGCUUGGAUAUUGUUUUGAAAACAUUUCCUGACAAUUUUUAUAUGCUCUCCGUGUCUUCUGCAAUUGAAAGUGAAUUACCAAACUGGUGUGUCCGGACAUCGACUUCAAAUAAACGGCUGUGGACAGCUGUUUCCUUGUGCUUAUCAGGUAGAGCACGUCUGAACUCAGAACUCUGUCAAAAAGAUGACGUCGCUAAAAAUGCAGCUCUCAACAAAUUGCUCCACUUCCACAAAAGACUCUUCAAGAUCUCAGAAAUUCGAUGCUGUCCUUUGAUAUGGAGGCUGUACAUGCUCUUACUACGAGAGCAAAAUCUCUGUGAGAAGAAAGGGGAAGAGGUAUAUCACGAGAGUGUGGCAUCAUGCCCCUGGGCUAGAUGUAUUUACAUUGAUGCUGCGGAAAUUGCACCCCAGCUUCUCACGCAAAUUCAGGAUGUUAUCAAAGAGAAAGAUUUACGAAUGCAUGUCACGCCUGAAGAACUCGAUAUUCUCAGAGGAUAAAUAAUAUUUUGCAUACUGAAAAUAUUUACGAAGAAUUCAUUUUUUCUCCGAAUAAUAAUAUUUUUUUA